AUGCCUCCACGCCGUUCUUCUAGACCAUCAAUAUCAUCGCCUACAGGAGGCGACGACGUUUCUUCCUUAACAUUAGGUCAAGUCAGAGAUCGAUUAAAUCGCAAUGAAGCUUUAUUGAACUCGCCUUUAUUCGCUUCGCCAAACGGUGCCAACGUCCUUGUUAGUCCACCGACUUCACCUCAAAUAGGUGUAGGUGAAAGCGGUCCUGGACCAAGUACAAUAUCAUUUUCAUCACCUCAACCAAAUCAUGAUCCAGUAAAAGAUAAACUGUUACUGGCAAGAGAAUCACUCUUGGCUAGAGAACAGGAAUUGAUGAUGAAUAACAUGCAAAUAAACGAAAAUGGGCACAGUGAAAGAAGGAAAAGUGGGAAAGAAAGAGUCAUAGAACGAAUAAGGGAAGAUGAAGGUAGACUAGCUAAGAACGGUUUAAUACUACCAAUCGAUCAAACACUCACACUUGGUCAAAGAGAUUACCAAAAUGCCACUGCACUCUCACUGUCACAACUGUCAUUGAAUCACACCAGAUCUUCAUCACCUAAACCACGUCGUCCAAAUCCCCACUCAUCUUCCCGCAGCGGAUUAGGAGGGGCCGAUCCAUUUGGAGGCGAAGAUGAAAUCUCUAGAGCGAAUAGAUUAGCUAGAUUAAACGCUUUUAUGUCUUAUAAAUCAACUGAUUCAGAUGAAGAGGAUUUCGAUGAUAACGAAGACUACAAUCGACAUGCAGAAGAUGAAGAUGCGGAUGGAGAUGAUGAUGCUUAUCUAAACAAAUUGAGGGAAGGGAACGGCGAUGCCGAUAUCGAUAUCGAUAUCGAUGGUGAAGGUGAUUUCCCACUGAGUGGUCCAGCUUCAGGUGGAUAUGACGGAAACGGUUUACCCCUCAGAACAACGGAUGAAACGGGUCAAGAAGUCGAUGAAUUCGGCGAAGAUGAUGAAAUAUUCUUGGAAGGCAACGAUGAAUACGCAAAUGGCGCUGGUCAAGGUACCUUGGCUGCUGGACCGGGAAGAUGA